AUGUCUUUCAUCGAAGACAGCCAAAACUCCGCUCCGGACAGUGUCCAAACCAGCAAGCUUGGAGCAGCAAGGAAAGGUGCUGAGCCUGGACAAAAUGCUGCGAAGAGGUUGCAGACGGAGCUUAUGCAGCUCAUGACCUCGCCCGCGCCAGGCGUUUCCGCUUUUCCGUCAGCCGACGGCAACUUGCUCUCUUGGAGGGCUACAAUCGAGGGCCCCGAAGACACGCCCUACUCCGGCCUCUCGUUCAAGCUCAGCUUCGAGUUCCCGUCCAACUAUCCAUAUGCGCCGCCAACCGUGCUCUUCCGGACGCCUAUCUACCACCCCAAUGUCGACUUCUCGGGGCGCAUUUGCCUUGACAUCCUGAAGGACAAGUGGACCGCGGCAUACAACACCCAGACCGUGCUGUUGAGCCUGCAAUCUCUGCUGGGAGAACCCAACAAUGCAUCCCCACUAAACGGUGAAGCUGCUGAGCUGUGGGACAAGGAUCCCGCUCUAUUCAAGACCAAGGUCAUGGACCGCCACAAGGACAUUGAGGACGACUGA